CCGACUCGGCACUCCAAAGUACACAGCCUCCGCGUUUGCAGUGGUGUGCUUUCGGUUCCCUCUACACACGAUAUUCAUUCUUCGCGGCUUCGCGCCCGUGGUAACAGUCGGCCAUCCACGUUUCCACGUUGCACGAGGGCAGCUUCCGGAAUCAAUCUUUUCGUCAAUCGACACGGCCACUCGAACCAGCUACAACCAUGAAGCUCGCUAUAUUCGCAUUCAUAGCGAUGAGCUGUCUGAUAGCCGUGGUCAGGUCGGCAGAGGAGGAAUACGAUUACGAGGAGGAGCCAGCAGCCCCGGUCACUCCAGCCCCCCCGGCCAGAUCCGGUUCCGGUAGAUUGGGGGGACUGUUGUCUUCCCGAGGUCGGGUGGGCGUCGGAAGGAAAUCAGCUGCGCCAGCCGCUCAGUCGACCACGGCGAAGGCGAUCGAGCAACCGGCCGUGGAAGCGGAGGAGGAGGAGGAGGAGGAGCUCGAGGAUAACCAAGAGCAAGAAGAGGCGCCGACCACGACCACCGAAUCUUCCAAGAAAGUUCGAGGUGGAGUCAGACCUUUCAGGUCGAAUCAAGAUUUGUUGGACGCGUUGAAGAGAAGAAGAGCUCAAGCGGGACCCACCACCUCUCAUCGGGAUACCUCUGCAACCCAAACUGCCACCGAAUCGACGACACCUAAAUCCAAAGCGACCACGCACAGCCGCAACAAAAGUAACGGCGCCACAAGCGAGACGAAAUCGACGGGGCGCGGCAGGUUUGGAGGGACGAGGGGAAGCAAACCUUUACAAGAGGAGGUGGAGGAGACUCAGCGAGAAGAGGUUCAAGUGAAACCGAAACCGUAUCGCAGAGGUUAAAUCGAAUCGCUGGGAAGAUCGCGGAUUUUCCAGCUUUGUUCGACUAACGCGGGAUGAAUUAAAUUUAAAAUUAAAAUCCAAUCACAGCGAUCGACCACGUUCUCUCGUCGAAAACUCGAUGAAAAUUUACUUUUAGACGUAUACAAUACUUGCGAGUUUCAAAAUUCAUUCUCUCUCUCUCUCUUCUCUCUUUUUUCUCUCUUUCUUCCUCUCUCUCUCUCUCUCUCUUGUAUAUCGAAUCUCCUAGCGUUUAAAAAGAAAAAAAAUUGAAACAUGACGAAAAGAGUGUGACAAAUGCGUGGACAAACCUGUAACUAUCAGUUUUGUAAUAUCUAUGUUUGCGCAUUAAUGGAGAAAGUACAUUCGAAAUGACAUGUAUAUAUAUAUAGAAGAAGGCUGCCAUUCACCGAAUACUCAAGGUACUUACUGUAUAAAUGUAAAUUAAUACAAUAAAAAUUCUAAAAAACACGCACACAAUAGU